CAGGAAACCAUCAAAUACGGCGACGUUUUCAACGUCUCCGGCGACCUGGCUUCCAACCCCAUUGCACCUCAGGAUGCUCGCAUGAUGGGCAGUGCCGAAACCAGAGUUCUGGGGGAAGUGCCACGCGCCGGUCCGGCCGAUGUCAUGCGAGCCGCCGCCGCCCAUAAUGUCCGAACCGGUAUUCUCAGCAGCCGUGAUGUUAGCGACGCAGCAAAAUACCAGGGUAUUAACAUCAGCGAGACCGACGUCCCCGGAGCCCGCGUCGUUACCGAAUACGUCGCCGGACAGGUGGUGGGACAGUAUAUGGAUACCACGGCGGCGAGUGGGGCAGUGUCGACGGCGCAGAACGUAAUAACGAUCGGAGAAGSACUAGAAGCGGCGGGUGAAGCUGCAGGAAACAAGCCGGUGGAACAGAGYGACGCAGCAGCAAUUCAAGCCGCAGAGGUAAGAGCAACCGGCAGCAAUAUCAUAGCCCCUGGCGGGCUCGCCGCCAUGGCUCAGUCGGCGGCGGCUUUGAACGCCGGAUUCGAACGAGACGAGGACAAGAUCCAGCUUAGCCGUAUCCUAACGGGUGCAACUGGAAAGCUGGCGUCGGACAAGCCGGUGGGCCGGGAGGAUGCGGAAGGGGUGGUGACGGCGGAGCUGAGGAACAGUUCGAACCUGACGACACACCCCGGUGGGGUGGCGGCCUCCAUCGCCGCGGCCGCCAGGCUGAACGAGGGCAGUAAUGCAUGAAAAAUUGAACAGCAGUGAGGACCCAAAGUAUGAUUGUAGAGUUUUUUAUUUCUCGAAGUGUGUAUUGUUAUGGUUUGAUCGGAAGUGUAGGAAUUAAGUUUUCUGAAACCGUUAUUGGUGUCCUAAAACUCUGUAAAUUCUGGUUUCAGAAUCUGUCGAGUGUUCACUGUUGAGUCAGGUUUCUGUGCAGGUUGUAUUUUGAAUUUGCUGUUUGAUUCUGGUUGGUUUCUUUAA